AUGCCUUGCCGCCCAGCGAUAUCAUCCCUUUCUCUUGGUCUGCCGUCAGUCCACGCCUUGCCCCCAAGACUGGACCAAGCUGCCCAUCGUGGACUAGACAUAGAGCUCUUCCACGAUGAGAUUCUAGAAAUUGCCAAACAGUUUGCAACAGAUGGCCAGGAGUCGGACCAUGACAAUCAGGUCAAGGCCGCUCAUACCAUUCGCGCCAUGUGCGACGAGCGUGAUCUGAAAAUCGUCUGCCUGCAGCCCUUCCGCCACUAUGAGGGCCUAAAAGACCGGGAGGAGCACCAGAGACGCAUAGAAGAGAUGCGGCUAUGGAUACGUCUUGUGGAGAUUCUAGGCAUCGAUCUCAUCGGAAUCCCAUCAUCCUUUCUGGGCGAGGACGAAGCAAGUGCCGACAUGGAUCUCAUCAUCAGCGAUCUGCGAGAGAUAGCAGAUAUGGGCGCUCCCCAUAGACUCCGGUUUAGCUACGAGGCGCUCUGCUGGGGUACGCACAUUGACACAUGGGAAAAGUCCUGGGAAGUCGUGUGUGGUGUCGAUCGGCCCAACUUUGGCAUCUGCAUCGACACCUUCAACUUGGCCGGGCGAGUCUUUGCCGACCCGGCGGCAGACAACGGCCUCACUCCAAACGCGGAAGCCGCCAUGAAGCUAUCUAUGCAGCGGCUUCAGGAGAUGCUGGAAGUAGGCAAGCUCUUUUGGGUGCAGGUGGUGGACGCCAAGAAGCUGGACAAGCCGUUGCGUGAGGAGCAUCCGUACUACGUUGACGGCCAGCCAAGCCGGAUGAGUUGGUCCCGGAACUGCAGACUAUUCUAUGGUGAAGAAGAUCUUGGCGGCUAUUUGCCCGUGAAAAAGGUGCUGGACGUGCUAGUCAAUCACUUUCAGUUUCGUGGCUGUGUCAGCGCAGAGCUUUUCAACAAGAGUCUUGCCGACACACGCGCCGAGGUGCCAGAAGAACACGCAACUAGGGCCGCCCAGUCAUUCAACAAACUGGCAAAGGAUUAUGGUCUGAUUUAG